UCUGGAAUCAAUGUGUGAAACCAAGUUAUUAUCUCUGAAGAAAGAAGUUUAUGAAAUAGAGUCUUACCAGAGAGACACAAUGGGACUUGCAAGACAAGGCUUUGAGUCCUUCAGUUUUAGAGACAGUUUCUUUGAAAGACGGCUAGGGUAUUUCAAUCAAGAAACAUUCACUUGUGAAUAUAUGCCUACAUUUAUUCACCACACAUUCCUUACUUUACAACAAAUAAUUAAUAAGGAUGAAAAAUCCUAUGAAUGUAAGAAAUGUGGAAAGGCCUUUAGUCAGAACUCACAAUUUAUUCAACAUCAGAGAAUUCAUAUUGGUGAAAAAUCUUAUGAAUGUAAGGAGUGUGGGAAGCUCUUUAGCUGUGGCUCACACGUUACUAGACAUCAGAAAAUUCACACAGGUGAGAAACCCUUUGAAUGCAAAGAAUGUGGAAAGGCCUUCAGUUGUAACUCAUACCUUUCUCAACAUCAAAGAAUUCAUAGUGGUAAGAAACCCUAUGAAUGUAAGGAAUGUGGAAAGGCCUUUAGUUAUUGCUCAAAUCUUAUUGAUCAUCAGAGAAUUCACACUGGAGAAAAACCCUAUGAAUGUAAAGUGUGUGGUAAAGCCUUUACUAAGAGCUCACAACUUUUUCAACAUGUGCGAAUUCAUACAGGUGAGAAGCCCUAUGCAUGUAAGGAAUGUGGCAAAACCUUUACUCAAAGUUCAAAGCUUGUUCAAUAUCAGAGAAUCCACACUGGUGAGAAACCUUACGAAUGCAAGGCAUGUGGCAAAGCCUUUAGUAGUGGUUCAGCACUUAGUAAUCAUCAGAGAAUUCACACUGGUGAGAAACCCUAUGAUUGUAAGGAUUGUGGAAAGGCUUUUACUCAAAGUUCACAACUUCAUCAACAUCAAAGAAUUCAUGCUGGUGAGAAACCUUUUGAAUGCCUUCAAUGUGGAAAGGCCUUUACUCAGAAUUCACAACUUUUUCAACAUCAGAGAAUUCAUACUGAUGAGAAACCAUAUGAAUGUAAUGAGUGUGGAAAAGCCUUUAAUAAAUGUUCAAACCUU